ACAGAAUCCCUUCUUCGGCGCCCGCCACCACCACCCUUUUCGCAAUUUCGCCUCCUCCGGUCCGCUCCGCUCCUCCCUCCCCUCCCCUUCCCUACAAAAGCCGCGAGAAGCGGCGGGGACGAGGAGGAGACCGGCCGACCGCUCGAGUGCCCGACCCCCCCUUACCCCUAUUGCGCUUGCCGCUUGGGGCCCCCCCUCCCGUUCGGCGCAUUCGCGUUCCGCACCCGCAAGGAGGCCGGAGCAGCAGCCAUGGGCGUGGAGGAGGCGGGGCGCGCCGCCACCGGCAAGAAGCUGGCGCUGGCGAGCAUCGGCUUCGCGGACGUCCGCGUGGGCGCCGCCGUGCCCGGGGGUGCCGGCGUGUACAAGGACGGCUUGCUCGUCGUGGGCCUGCCCGUGCCCAAGGACGACGGCCUCGACGCCGCCGCCCGCGUCGUCGGGGACCUCGCCGCCAGGCUGCCCGACGUUGGCGCCGCCGCUAGGACUUUUCUGAGGAAUAGAGAAGUCGCAGAAUUCGUGAGUGGAGCAUUGGCUGGUGCAAUGACUAAGGCUGUUCUUGCUCCCUUAGAAACUAUCAGGACAAGAAUGGUUGUAGGUGUAGGAUCAAAACAUAUUUUUGGUAGCUUUGUGGAGAUUGUUGAACAUAAUGGCUGGCAAGGACUCUGGGCAGGUAAUACAAUAAAUAUGCUCCGGAUUAUCCCAACUCAAGCAAUUGAGCUCGGGACAUUUGAAUGUGUCAAAAGGACUAUGGCAUCAGCACAAGAGAAAUGGAAAGAGGAUGGAUGCCCAAAGAUACAACUUGGCAAUUUGAAAAUUGAGCUGCCAUUUCACUUACUAUCGCCAAUUGCAAUUGGAGGUGCGGCAGCUGGAAUAGCUAGCACUUUAGUGUGCCAUCCUCUUGAGGUUCUUAAGGAUCGCAUGACUGUUAAUCGUCAGGCUUAUCCUAGUAUUGCCAUUGCCAUCAACAAGAUCUACCGGACUGAUGGACUUGGUGGUCUUUAUGCUGGCCUCUGCCCAACGUUGGUUGGCAUGCUUCCAUAUAGCACAUGCUACUAUUUCAUGUACGAGACCAUCAAGACUUCCUACUGCCGUGCACAUAAAAAGAAAUCUUUGAACCGUCCUGAGCUGCUGAUCAUUGGGGCUCUUUCAGGUCUAACUGCAAGCACAAUCAGCUUCCCUCUAGAAGUGGCAAGAAAGCGGCUAAUGGUGGGAUCCCUACAAGGGAAGUGCCCACCCCACAUGAUUGCAGCAUUAGCUGAGGUGGUCCAAGAGGAGGGCGUCAAGGGUCUUUUCCGAGGUUGGGCGGCGAGCUCCCUGAAGGUCAUGCCGACGUCUGGUGUCACCUGGAUGUUUUAUGAGGCAUGGAAGGAGCUUCUUUUGGGUUCACGGCUCCAUGCCUAAGCAGGAACCUGACGAAGUCAGGCUCUUGCAUUGUUACAGAAUAAAUUUGUUGUGCUGUGUGGGAUUUUCAACAUUUUUUUCUCCUUAAAAAAUCCCACACAUGCCAACCAUUUAGGAGAGAAGAAGGCCAUCUUGUGCUGGUUGCACUCAUGAUUAGCAGUAUUAGUCAAUUGGCCUUUGCUAACCUGGAUUAUCUAACUACUAGCAACUCUGAGCAGAGUCAACCCGGACUGGGUAUGCAUUGGCCCCAGGCAUUGUUAUUGUGAAAUUUGUCUACUAAUGAAAGGACUAUUUCAUAGUUCUGAGAUGAGCAUGUUCACUUGGGCUUAUCUGUUGAAUCUGUCGGUCAUUCAGUAGUGUUUCUCUCUCAAAAAAAAAA